AUGAUUAAGAGUAAAUUUUUUUUAGUAUUUUUAAUAUUUUUAAUUUUUAAAACUAUAAAAAUAAAUGAAAAAUCAAAAAUAUUUAUUAGUGCAUGGUAUAAUGAUGAAGAACAAGAUGAUGACUAUGAUCACAUGAAGUUAUAUGAUGUGUUAGGUGUUCAAAAAAAUGCAAGCUUAGAUGAAAUAAAAAAAGCUUACCGAAAAUUAUCGAAAAAAUAUCAUCCAGAUAAAGCAAAAGAUAAAAAUUCUAAUAAUAGAUUUAAUGAAAUAGUAGAAGCUUAUGAAAUAUUAAGUGAUGAUGAAAAAAGAAAAAUGUAUGAUUAUCAUGGAUUGAAUGCAGCUAAAAAUUUAGAGAGUAAUAAGAUGGAAGAAGACCCUUCAGAUCACUUUAACAUUUAUGAAAGUUUUUUUGGUGGUGGUUUUAGAAGGGAUGAACAGAAAAAAGUAGAAAAUUUAAUAUUAAAUAUAGAAAUAGAUUUAGAACAAUUAUAUAAUGGUGAAUUGUUUUCUGUUUUUUAUACAAGAGAUAUAAAUUGCUUAAGGAGUGAUGACUGCAUAGAAAAGAGAAGAGAAUGCAGCGGAAAAGGAUAUAAAACAGUUACACAACAAGUUGCACCUGGUUUUAUUAUGCAAAAUAAAAUAAAGGAUGAAAGUUGUAUUGAUAGAGGAAAGGCAUGGAAAUAUAAAUGUACAUAUUGCCCAAAUGGAAUGAAAGAAGAAAAAACUAUUAAACUUACACUAGAAAUUGAAAAAGGAAUGAAAACUAAUGAUAAAAUUGUCUUUGAAAAAAAAGGGAAACAAGAAAUUGGUUAUGAAAAUGGAGAUAUUGUUUUUAUUAUUCAAACAAAAAAACAUAAAAUAUAUGAAAGAAAAAAUAACGAUUUGCAUCAACUUUAUGAAAUUUCUUUAAAAGAUGCUUUAAUUGGGUUUUCAAAAGACAUAGACCAUAUUAGUGGUACACCAAUCAAUGUAAGUAAACAAACUGUAACUUUUCAUAACGAAAUACUUAAAAUUAAAGACAAAGGAAUGCCUAUUAAAAAUACUAAUAAAUUUGGAGAUCUUUACAUCAAGUUUUUAAUUCAGUUUCCUAAAAAAUUAACAGAAGAACAAAAAAAAGUCAUUUCCGAAAUGCUUUAA